AUGUCACAGGAGUGGAACGAUGAAUGGGAGCUGAGCAAAGAGAACGUGCAGCCCCUGAGGCAGGGACGUGUCAUGUCCACCUUGCAGGAAGCCCUGGCUCAGCAGGAGACUUCCAUCCACACUGCUGUUCAACUCAAAAAACAAGAAUUUGAAUCAGAAAUCCGGUUUUAUUCUGGAGAUGAUCCACUGGAUGUCUGGGACCGGUACAUCAAGUGGACAGAGCAAACGUUCCCCCAAGGUGGAAAGGAGAGUAAUCUCUCAGCAAUAUUGGAAAGGGCUGUGAAAGCACUCAAUGAACAACAGAGAUACUACAAAGAUCCCCGCUAUCUUAAUCUCUGGCUCAAGUUUGGAAAUUGUUGUAACGAGCCCUUGGAUCUGUACAGUUAUCUACAUAGCCAGGAAAUUGGCACAACACUGGCACUACUCUACAUUACAUGGGCAGAAGAACUUGAGGCUAGAGGAAGCUUUAAGAAAGCAGACUUAAUAUUCCAGGAAGGUCUUCAGCGCAAGGCUGAGCCUUUGGACAAGCUCCAGUCCCAUCACAGGCAAUUUCAGGCCCGUGUUUCUCGACAGACACUACUGGGGCUUGAGGAAGCUGCUGAUGAAAAAGACCUUGAUCUUCUGGGAACUGCAGAACCUCACAGAAGCUCAUUGGCAGAUCUAAAAGGCAGGGGAAAGAAAAAAGUGAUAGCGCCAAUCAGUCGUGUGGGAGAUGCACUUAAAGCCACGAACCGAAACAGAAGCUUACGGAAUCCAACUUCUCAGCAGCUUUCAAGUAAUCUACGUUUUGCUGUAUUUGAUGAAAAUUCAGCUUCAGCUGCUGGACCUGGUAUUCCUGUACUCACACCUCAGCCAUGGACAGCACCUCCAGUUCCAAAGGCCAAGGAGAAUGAAUUAAGUGCAGGACCUUGGAACUCUGGCAGGCGUCCUCGUAGUAGUGCAAAUUCUGGUAUGGAAGCACCCGGUGCAUUGCCCAACUUCACCCCAUAUGUGGAAGAGUCAGCUCAGCAACAAGUAAUGACUCCCUGCAAAAUUGAACCCAGCAUAAACCAUGUUUUAAGUGCUCGCAAACCUGAGAAAGAGGAGGAUCCACUACAGCGAGUGCAAAACCAUCAGCAGGAUACUCAGGAAAAGAAAGAGGUGGUGAUGUAUUGUAAAGAUAAAGUUUAUGCUGGAGUGGAAGAAUUUUCUUUGGAAGAGAUUCGAGCUGAAAUAUACAGAAAGAAAGCAAAAAAGAAAACGGAAGAGGAGAUGCAGGCCAUAGCACAGAAGAAGGAAGAGAUGCAACGGAGAAUUGAGGAGCUGGAGAAGAAACUGAAGAAAGAUGACAAGCAGCAACAACCACAUGAGCAGCCAGCAGAGACAAGAGUGUCUUCACCACCUUUGGAACUGCAAGGAAUUCCUUUUUCCAGCGCAACAGAACUUGGAGAGAAACAGUCUCAUUUGCAAAGUGAAUCCCAACGGUCAGAAGAUACUCGGCUGCAUAAACCAGCUUGUUCCAAGAAGGUUAUCCAGUCUCCUGGUGUACACCUGGAUAUACAGGGAGGGAGUGUGUUUUUGGACUCUGAGGAUGAACAGGAAGACCAGAGAGCUGAAGCCAACCUUAGUAAGAAAGAUGUAGCUCUCCAUCCUCCGCUGGAUCCUGCUACAUUUUUCUCUAUAUUUGAUGAAUCAUCUACUUCAGCAAACCAGAAUAUCAGUUGUUCUACAGGUCAUACACAGAAAAGUGCCCGGCGCCCUCUUGCUAUUCGUAAAUCUUCGGAUUGUAUCACGGCAAAGGAAAACGUACUACCAGAAGCUUGUGAUGAGCUGAAUGGAAUUGAACCUUUGACUGAAGAUGCAAUUGUGACAGGCUCUUACAAGAACAAAACCUUUUGUGCCAACCCAGAAGACACCUGUGAUUUUGUUAGGGCUGCCCACCUGGCAUCAACUCCCUUUCAUGGUGUGGUAGCUCAGAGAAUCCCAGCUCCCGCUUAUUCAGAGAGCACCCUGAAGGAAGACUGUCCAGAAUCCAAGAGCACCCCUCUGAAUCAGCAAAUCCCUGGGUGUGAAGGAACGUACAAUGAAGCUCUUUGUGCCAAGAAACUGAGUCCGAUCAUGGAAGCAAGUCAGGAAGAUACUCGCUCGUCAGGUUCUUCUGUCUCCCCAGGAUCUUCUCUUUCCUCUGUUACACAAAUAUCCACUAUUAAAUACCUGCAUAUCCCUGAGAAAUUGGAACUUGCUCAGAGCCUGCCUGCUGAAAUGGCUACCGAUUCCGGAGGUAUCGGUGAACACGUUACUGGUGAUGACAUAACUCAGUUUUUGUGGAGUGAUGAACAGCGUAAAAAGCUCUUAGAUCCUAUGCCAGAAUCACUGACUGCUUCUCCAGGCUUUCAUUUGGAGAAUGGAUCUCUGCCUGUGAUGGUAUUUGAGAAAGAAUUUGAGCUAGGAAAUGAGACUUACUGUAUCAAACGGGAAUAUUGGACCAAUGAAGAAUACAAGAUGGUUUUUGCUGUUCCAGCUAACUUUCCCCAGCUGGAUGCAAAGGGAUUUGCAAUAAAGGUGUACUCUCAGCCUGUGCCUUGGGAUUUUUAUAUCACGCUUCAAUUACAGGAGCGUCUGAAUACUGACUUUGACCAAAGCUUCAGUGAGAACUGCAGCUGUUUCUUGUACCAAGAUGGCUGUGCUAUUCUACAUAGGGAUAUAAAUCGCUUCACUCUUGGGGAUGUUAUUCGUGGCUGCAAAGCCAUCACAGAGGAAGUUAUCGUGUUGGUUGUUUACAAUCUUCUGGGUGUGGUAGAGAAGCUCCACAAAGCAGAGAUUGUCCAUGGAGGCUUGAGUCCAGAGGUCUUCUUUCUGGGAGACAGGAUCUGUGAUCCAUUUGCUAAUGAUGAGAUGACUAGUGCUCUGAAGAUAGUGGAUUUCUCUCACAGUCUGGACUUAAGACUGCAGCCUCAAAUAAGUUUGCCCAACAGCUUUCCAAUAGCUCAGACCCCUUAUGGACAACAGCUCCUGGCAAAAAGUUCCUCUCCUUAUCAGGUAGACUUGGUUGGCAUUGCAGAUAUAGUCCAUUUGAUGCUGUUUGGGGAUCAUGUCCAGGUCUAUCAGGAAAAUUUCACCUGGAAAAUCAGCCAAAAUAUAUCCAAGACUGUUGGCAGUGAUUUCUCGAGAAAACUUUUUGAGAGAAUUCUGAAUGCGGAUGGGACCCAAAGGAGAGGCGAUGAGCAGAAGGCAAGACAGCCCCAAGAGGCUCUGCUGCGUGUCGCCUUCCUUGGAAGAGGAAUCUGAGGCUUUCCCGCGCUGCGUGUGUCUGUGUCCCAUCUGCUACCGCACCCUGAAAUCAAACUCGGCGGCUUAGGUGAGCCCGGCACUGCACAAACAUGUCAGACUUGCCUCCACCCCUUUUUCUUCUCCCGCUUUCUCCUGCCGUCUUUCUCUCCCAAGUUGGUCGGCGGGUCGGCGGAGUCCCGUGGCGGAGCGAUCCCACCUCGCCUCUGGUUACGGAGCAAUGAGGAGUCUGGGGUAAGCUCCCUGCCGCGCACUUGGGGACCACCGCUGACCGACUCACUCGCUUUACAGCGGUA